UGAAGACGCACUACGGCCAGGGUGACCGCAAGCACCCUGCUCUCCAGAAAACCUGCGAGCUCUGCGUUCCACCCCCGGCCAUUCGCUGCUUUCGGGGAAACCAAGAGCCGGCGGAUGGGGCGGUGGAACUCCGAGGUCCCCUCCCAGGGCCUAGGACUCACCCACGAGGGGAACGAGAAAAAUGAGGCGAAAGGAGGAGAUAGAGGUCUCAGCGCAUCACCCCGCCGGCGUUCCAGGGGGACAGGGGAGGUGGAUAAGGGCCACACCCACGCUAUCUGCUCGCGCAGGGCUCGGGGAUCCAACUGGACGCCGGGGUUCGGUGGCGCGUUCCUUCCCACCCCUCUCCAGGCGGAGAGCUUUCAGCCCGCUGCCUCCGCCCCCAAGCUUUUUGGCCUUUCCGACUCCCCGUCCAUUCUAGUCUCGCGGCCGCCCCAGCCGGUAGAAGGCGGGUCUCUGAAGCUGGAGAUUAACUGGUUCGCUGCCGGGUUGGAGGGAGCGGCCGUUUCCCGCAAGGCCCUCCCUUCAGGGCUGGAGCGGCGAGAGCUGAAUCCGGGUCAGCAUUCUCCAGCUCGAGCUUCCCAGGCCCCACCUAGGGGGUCCCUGGGUACCACGCAUUCGAGAGGCAGCCCCCUACGCUGGCAAAACCCGUGGACCUCCGUGCCCGCACUGCCGCUCCGGGCUUCCUUACAGCUUCCCGAGUCUCGAGUUUGCCUUCCCUCUUUUCCUCCCAGUGUAAACCUUGGCGUCAGCGUGUCCUGGUCCCACAGCCCUAUCCCCACCCCACGGCUCUGAGCGAGCCCCCAUCUGUUCAGAUAGGGAACUGAGUCCCAGGAAGACUCCCCAUUCGGCCUAGUU